GUUGAAUUUAAACUUUCCAUCUUUCUCUAUUCUUCUUUGAAAAAAGUCAAAGUAAUUUCUUUUUAUCCCUGAAAAACAUACCCUUCAGCAGGGGCUCUAUGCUGCAGUGCUGCUUCUAAAGUUCUGGUCUCACCUCACUGUUUAUUCAUCUUUCCCCGCCUCUUAUACACAGCUAUCGCCCUCACUUUCAAAACAUGCAUGCUUAGAUGGAAACACAUAACCUUUAACAAUACCUAACAAUCAAUCAAUCAUGUCCCGCCGCCUGCUCAUUGCUCGGCCAGGCCACAUCUACCUCGCAACUUACAAACCCGCUUCUCCCACCAUCACCAUCACCAUCGACCUCGACCUCCCCAUCGCGGGCAAUCCCUCAUGGUUCGCCGUCUCGCCAACGCACCCAAACUUCCUGUACACCUUUGACGAGAAUGCCGCAACGACAUUCCUUUAUGAGCUCGAUCUCGCAGCAAACACCCUCACCAAAGUAGCCGAGCGAAAAGACGGCAGCGAGGGCGUCUGUCAUCUCGGCCUCAGCAAAGACGGCGGCAUCAUGAUUGGCAGCUCUUGGGCCUCCGGCACGAUGGACGUGUGGAACACCAAAAACGGGUCUCUGGAAUUCAUCAAGACGAUCCCAUCAAAGGACCCGGUGGCCGAUGCUGGGCGAGUGGCUCGUGCCCAUCAGGCCGUGCUCGAUCCCACGGGCCGCUUCUUCGUCGUCAACGACCUCGGCACGGACUCGCUCCUCGUGCUGGACUCGGCUGCGGCCGAUGUGCCGAUUGUGAACCGGAUCCGAGUGCUGGAUGGAUCGGGGCCCCGCCACGGGGUGUUUUAUCCGUCUGGAGGAGACUCGCCGGCGACGCAUUAUAUGCUUCUUUGCGAGAAGAGCAAUCGCGUGAUUGUCUUUGCUUUGAAAUACACGGAUAAGGAUAUUGAGUUUACGACUGUGGGGAGCUAUUCUACGUUUAUGCCGGGCGAUUCUGCUGCUGAGAGGAUAGCAGGUGCUGCGGCGGGGGAGAUUGCUCUCUCGGGGGAUGGGAAACAUGCUUAUACGUCGAAUCGGCUGACGAGCUCUCCGACGGAGACGAUUGCUCACUUUCGGGUCCUUCAGGAGGAAGAAGGGUUAUCGUUGCAGCUUGUGGGGGAGACGUCAACAGGAGGGAAGCAUCCUCGCAUGUUUAGUAUAAGUAGAGACGGAGGUGAGUUGUUUGUGGGAAAUCAAGAGGGAGAAUGGGCAGUUGUAGUCCUUAAAAGGAGAGAUGACGGGACUUUGGACGAUAAACCCUUGGCGGGAAUCAGGAUGGAUGAGAUUGUUAAGCCAGGAGGAGAUGAAAGAGGUCCCAUGUUUGUGUUGGAGGUUGUAUAAAAAAAAAGAAAUUUAAUAGAAAUAAAAGAUAUCCGAUGUAUAUUUCAUCUAAAU